AUUGUGACUGUUCCAUUGCUUUUGUUGUGCUGUGGUUUUGGAUUAUAAGAUGAAGUGUAUAUUCGUUGUAAUCACGGUUGCUGCUUACGCCGUGGCAGAGCUACCGCCUUCUAACAGCUACCUCCCUCCGUCACCAUCGGGCCGCAACGCUGGCUACCCUCAAGGUCCUCAGCCUGGACCUUCGUUCCCGGGCGCUCCUCAAGUUAUUGCAGCAAGGAAUAUAGAGCAAGGUCUUGGAAAUGGGUACUCCAGGAGCAGUUCUCACGAUCACUCUGCCCAGGGACGGCUGAGCGCGAGCGGCAGCCAGGGUUACGAUGACAACUCUGCGGCUUACGCCAGAAACGCCAUCGAUGCUAACGCAGAACCAGCAAACUACAACUUUGGCUACAUGGUGAAUGACUUCAAUGAAGGCACUGACUUCGGCCAUCAUGAGGAACGGUUGGAGGAGAAGGCUCAGGGGCAGUACCACGUGGUCUUGCCCGAUGGCAGGAAACAGACUGUAAAUUACGAAGCAGACGAGCGUGGCUUCAAGCCUCAGGUCUCCUACGAGGAUUCGGAAGACCUCACCCAUUCCGAAGGAUACGACGGCAACGCUAACACCCGUAACCAUGGCAACGGGUACCAGAGCAAUGGACACGACGAUGCUCGCGGCUAUUGACUCACAAUGUGCUCGAUUGUAAUAUUUAAUUUGAUUUUGUAUUCGUAUUAAUUUAAACAACUAAAUUUAUAUUUAUUUAAAUAAAUAAAUCUAUAUUUUGUAUUAUA